CAAGGAUCCUCAUCGACCAAGGCUCAGAAGUGUCAUUGGUAUCUGAGCGCUUGGUCAAUCAACUACAAUUGAAACGGAGGUCCUCAUCACUAUCAAUUGUCGGCAUCGGAGAAACUUCCUCGGGAAGCACGCGUGGGGUUGUGUCAUUCGACUUACAACCGAGACACAAUUCUACUGCGUUGCUCAACUUGGAGGCUCACAUCAUGAGCAAGCUCACGGCAAAGAUCCCACCAUUUGCCUGUGACACACGGACUCCCCAGGAACUUUGGAAACUCAAUUUGGCGGAUCGGACAUUCCUACAACCUGGGGCUAUCGACAUAAUCAUCGGAGCUGAUUACUACGGAAAAAUUAUCACGGACGGAAUUAUGAGAUACAACGGAACAGGUCUCAUAGCCCAGCAGACAUCCUUUGGCUGGGUAGUGUCGGGGCCAGUCUGCUGUACAGGCUGCGCUAAGAAGCGGUCACUGAGGGUGACCACACGGACCAUCAACCAACAAUUAUUGGACUGCUUAAAGAAGUUCUGGACGCAGGAAGAAAUACCGGACAACCCAUCAACGGUAAUGAGUAAGGCUGAUGCAGAAUGCGAGCAGCAUUUUGUGGAAACUCAUAGAAGAGACGCAACGGGACGGUAUACAGUACGUCUACCGUUUAAAUCAUCGCCUGCCGUCCUAGGGGAUACAGCAUCGACGGCUCGGAUUCGCUUACAGAAGCUCAACAGGCGAUUGGCGGCAGAUCCACAGGCUCAUACACUAUACCGGAAAUUCAUUAAGGAGUAUGAGGCCUUGGAUCACAUGCAACGGGCACCAUCGACGUCAGAGACACGGUUGGCAUACUACUUGCCUCAUCACGGAGUGCUGAGACCGGAUAGCACGACGACCAAACUAAGGGUCGUAUUCGACGCUUCACAUCGAAGCUCUACGGGAGUGUCACUGAAUGAUAUCCUUCAUUCAGGACCAAAACUUCAAACGGAGUGCUCUGACGUCCUCAUCUGGCUUCGUCGGCAUCGAUUAGUCUUCGGAGCGGACAUCGAGAAAAUGUUCCGCCAGAUUCGCGUCCAUCAGGAUGAUUGGGACUAUCAACGAAUCUUCUGGAACGACGACGGCCAGAUCAUCGAAUAUCAGCUAACAACGGUCACUUACGGGACCAGCUGUGCACCUUGGCUGUCUCUUCGGGUGCUGAAGCAGCUGGCAAUCGAUGAAGCUCAUCGAUUUCCUUUGGCUUUAUCAACGUUCGCACGGGGGCGAUACGUUGACGAUAUCUACGGAGGUGCAGAAACCGAAGAGGAAUUGGGAAAAAAUAAUCAAGGAUCUAAUCGGACUCUGCAUGGCGGGCGGCAUGCCACUGCAGAAAUGGUGCAGCAACGCGCCACGGACACUCGGACAACUCGGAAUAUCGGCGGAAUCAGCUCUAACUAUCGAAUUCGGGGAAUCAUCAGUGAAAGUGCUGGGCCUCUGCUGGCAGCCUCAGACAGACACUUUCCACUUCAAGGCAAGAAACUUCAGCGGAGACACCAUCACCAAACGCCACCGGUCACCAUCACGGCAAAAAUAUUUAUACAAGAAUUGUGGCUGCUCAAGCUCGACUGGGACGAGCAAAUACCAAUGACACACACUAAACGGUGGAGAAGUUUCAGGGAGGAACUUCAACGGCUGAGCAGCCUAUCAAUACCACGAUGGCUACAUCUUUCAUCGGGAAAGAAAAUACAACUUCACGGAUUUGCGGACGCAUCGACCCUGGCAAUGGGUGCAUCGGUCUAUCUUCGAUCCUGGUCAGCAUCAUCGGGAGUCAACGUCAACUUGGUUUGUGCCAAAACCAAGGUGGCUCCCCUCAAGAAGAUGACCAUUCCACGGCUGGAGCUCACGGCAGCUGUCAUGGUCACAAAUCUAAUGGCCUAUGUACAGCGAGCUCUGGAACUUGACGAUGCGGAGCUCUACUCAUGGAGCGACUCAUCAGUAGCCAUCGCAUGGAUCAACGGAGAUCCAUCACGGUGGAAGGACUUUGUGCAGAACAGGGUUCUCAAGAUCCAAGAAACCCUGCCUACUGCCAAAUGGAAUCACAUCAACGGCAAGGAGAAUCCAGCGGACUGCGCAUCAAGAGGAAUAUCACCAACGGAAUUGCGGGAGCAUCAUCUCUGGUGGACUGGACCAUCAUGGCUUGUCCAACCACCAGAACAAUGGGUAGCAGCAUCAACGGAAUUAGCAUCAACCUCGGAAUUAGCAUCAGUGGUGGCAAUGGAGGCGAAACCACCCACCAUCAGCUCAUACCCAGUGCACAUUGUCGACGAAGAUGCACUGAUCAAUCGGAUUUCGUCAUGGAACAAGCUAGCUCGAAUCACAGCCUGGGUGAAUCGAGCAAUAAACAAAUUCAAGGGACAACCAACACCGGAUUCUCCACAACUCGGAACUACGGAAAUAGAGGACGGAAGACUGUUCUGGGUUAAGUACACCCAACAGCGAUACUUCGGACGGGAAAUCACCACAUUGAAGGCUGGAAGAUCACUGGCAGCCAAGCAUCGUAUGGCGACGCUGACGCCAUACCUGGAGAACGACGUCAUGCGCAUGGGCGGACGUCUUCGGAAUUCAACAUUGGAUCCGGAGGAGAAGAAUCCAAUUAUUCUCCCACGUCACUCGCCGCUCUCAUCACUUAUCAUUGCGGAAGCUCAUCAGAGGAGCUUCCACGGGGGAACGCAACUCACGUUGGCACACAUCCGGCAGAGGUACUGGAUCAUCGGAGGACGGGCACCAGUACGCUCACACAUAUUAAAGUGCGUCAUCUGCGCACGUCAUCGAGCUGUGCGAGCUCAACAGCUGAUGGGACAGCUGCCAUCGCGACGAGUGACACCAUCACGAGUCUUCCUUCACUCAGGAGUAGACUUCGCCGGCCCAAUCAACAUCCUGAGGUGGAGAGGCUCCGGGGCAGGCAAAACGAUGUACAAGGCGUACAUUUGCUUAUUUGUCUGCUUCGCCACAUCCGCCACACAUUUGGAACUGGUCACAGACCUCACGGCGGACGGAUUCAUCGCAGCGUACAAGCGAUUUACGGCAAGACGGGGAAUUUGCGCGACCCUGACCAGUGACAGGGGAUUAAACUUCAUCGGGGCAGAAAAGGAAUUACGGCAAAUCAUCCACCAGGCAUCUAGCGAAUCGGCAACCAUCAGGAACUGGCUAGCAACAAACGGAACGGAAUGGAGAUUUAACCCGCCCUACUCGCCACACAUGGGAGGCAAGUGGGAGGCCGCGGUUAAAUCCACGAAACAUCACCUACGGAGAGUGAUAGGAACUUCAACUCUGACGUACGAGGAAUUUACGACUCUUCUGACUCAGGUUGAAGCCAUCCUGAACUCGCGGCCACUCUGCCCGAUAAAUAACGACCCGCAAGACACCACGGCAUUGACACCAGGGCACUUCAUCAUCGGCGGAUCGCUGACAGCGAUUCCAGAACCAAGUCUGGAACACAUCAACACGGAUCGGCUAAACAGGUGGCAACUUAUCACGCAGAAGGUGCAGAACUUCUGGGACCAUUGGGCACGCGAGUGCGUGCAUCGAUAUCAACAAAUCUAUCGGUGGAGGAAACCAACGGACGACAUUAAAAUUGGGACGUUGGUUCUCAUAUCAAAUGAGCAGGAACCGCCAACCAGAUGGCCCCUGGCUCGAGUCAUCAGGAUCCACCCAGGACGGGACAACUUGACCAGGGUUGUCACACUUUGGAAGGGCAACAAGGAAACGCAGCGGGCAAUCCAUCGAUUGGUACCACUACCAAUCAACGGCGACCUACUGGAAGGUCAAAAUUAA